AUGCAGGGCAGCUUUACUUGCAGCAAUACACCAGCAAGUAGUCCCAACACCCUACAUUAUGAGAGCAGAGCAGGUUGCAGCAACAGCAUUCCCAUUUAUCAGAGCAGCAACAGCAUUCCCAUUCUCGAAAGCAGCAGCAGAGCAGGAAGCAGCAACAGCUUUUCCAUUCUCGAAAGCAGCAGCAGAGCAGGUAGCAGCAACAGCCUUUCCAUUCCUGGAAGCAGCAGCAGAGCAGGAAGCAGCAACAGCUUUUCCAUUCACGAAAACAGCAGCAGAGAAGGGAGCUUUCUUUCUGGUAGAGAGCAGGAGCAUCAAGAGGCCAGUGUAUCUGAGAUCUGUGCUGUAGUGGAAGAUAACACUGGAAAAAUGCUGUUCUUCAAUGGAGAAGAAGAUCACUUGGUACCAUCGUCCUCACGAGUUCUUCUGGACAGUGAUCUUUUUAAGGUCAUUGGUCGAAUGAUUGGCCACUCGUUCAUUCAUGGAGGGCCACUCUUGACAGGACUGAGCACCUCCAUGUUCAACCUACUUCUAGGAAGUGAUGAGCCAGCCAUCACAGACAUGAGAGACUGCCCAGACCAAGAUAUAAUCGAUAUUGUUUCUCUGCUUGAAGAGCCACGGAAUCUAACAGAUGUGGAACGAUACAAAGUGAAUGAUCUUGCUUUUAGCUGGGACUUGCCAACAUUAACUACAGAAAACCGGAAGUGGCUUGCAGAAACCAUUCUUCAACAUGCGGUUAUUGGUCGUAGAGAGAAGCAGAUGAAACAAAUCAAACGGGGUCUGAAGGACACUGGGGUCCUGCUCAUGAUAAAGGAACGCCCUUCUCUCAUUACAGUGCUGUUCCCAAGAGCUGUUGACAGAAUCAUCCUUCCUGAAAUGGUUUUAGAAAGAGUUAUAUGGCCAAUGACGCAGAAUGAGGACGACGAGGAGGAUGAAGAUGAGGAUGAUCAAGAGGUUCCUCUGGAGUUGAAAUGCCAGAUGGCAUCGUACCUCAGGAUGUACAUUGAAAAUGCUACAGCAUUGGAUAUUGAGCAGCUUGUUACAUUUUGGGUGGGUUGGGCAAUCCUCCCACAACAUCUCUAUGUGGAGGUGUCUAACUCCAUUAAAAUGCCCACUGCAUUCACAUGCACAGAGAAAAUAAAACUGCCUUCUCACUACACUAACUAUAUGGACUUUCAGGCGGACUUAAAAGCAGCCAUGUCCACAAGUGAAAGUGGAUUUGGAUUAAUUUAA